UUUCUUACUUCCUCGUAGUGACUAUAUCCUCCUUCUAGUACGAUAUAUACUCACGCCUGCUGCCGUGUUCAUAACAUUCGAACUCCAGCAGCUUUCCAGGACUAAUUUACUGAAUUUUCACAGAGAACAUGUCUAGUUCAGCACGUUCACCAUACCUGUACUUGCUUUUUGCGUGGUACUUCUGUUGCAGCAAAUCUUUGCCGACUAGAAUCAGUCAGGAGUCUGUGAAUGACAGACCUGUGAUUGGUAUUUUAACUCAGAUUGUUUCAGAUGAAUCCAUGAAGCCAUUUGGGAGCACUUACAUACCUGCCUCCUAUGUGAAAUACGUAGAGUCUGGGGGCAGCAGAGUGAUGCCAAUCAGAUUGACUCUUACCACAGCUGAGUAUGAAAACAUCUUCAAGAAUAUAAAUGGCCUGAUUUUUAUUGGUGGAGCUGCAGAUUUGGAGACGUCAGACUUUGCCAGAGUGGCGAAGAUUUUUUACAAGCUUGCUUUAGCGGCCAAUGAUGCUGGGGACUUCUUCCCCAUCUGGGGAACGUGCAUGGGCAUGCAGUUACUCACCGUACUGGUGGCCGGGGAAAACCUGCUGACAGACACCAAAGCUGAGAACCUAGCUUUGCCCCUCAACUUAACCACAGAGGCCUAUUCCAGUAGGAUGUUUCAGGGCUUUCCCGAGAAGCUCAUCAAGGCUUUGACACAAGAACCGCUAACUGGAAAUUUCCACCACUAUGGAAUAACAGUUGAGACUUUCCAUGAAAAUGAAAAGCUGAGGAGUUUCUUCACCCUCCUGUCGACCAAUGUCGCCACGAACGGGGCUCACUUUGUCUCCACCUUAGAAGGUAUCAGGUAUCCCUUCUACGGAGUGCAGUGGCACCCAGAGGUGAAUCGUUUCCAGUGGGACAGGAAGCUUAACUUCCCUCAUUCCCCUCACGCUGUUCAGUUAUCGUCACUGCUGGCUGAGUUUUUUGUCAAUGAAGGAAGAAGAAGUUUACAUCAUUUUAUCAAUCCUGAGGAAGAAGCCUCCUCACUGAUUUACUCCUACACGCCUGUCUACGCCCGAAACUUCACUUCUUACGAGCAACUCUAUUUCUUCUGAGAUCAGUUGCUGACUAUGUGUGUGUGUGUGGCUUUACUUAUACAAUGCAACACUUUUUAUUCAAAAUGCGUUUGUUUUAAUAGUAGAAAGUUUGUCUGUUAAUGUUUCCAGAUGCAGAGUGAAAUGUUAUUACACUGAGCAAUUCAUGAUUCUGUAUUAUUAGCAUUACAGAGGAACUUCUGAAUAUUAAUUUUGUAAAACAUCUGAUGGUAUUUUAAUGAAACGUACGCCAUGUAUAUAUAUUUUUGAUGAUCUUUUCCUUUUGUCACAUAAAGCAAGUAAAUAUGUCACUAAACCGUGUCACCUCAAGUAAUUAAGGUGUUUGCCCUGUUGUUAUGGAAAUUUAUUAUUUAGAUUUAUAUUUUUCUGAACACUUUAAGGACUUCUCAAUCUGGCUUCAUUCAUGAGACUGAAAGUUAAGUGUUCGUGAAGACAACGCUUUAACAACAUCAUUGUUGUGUCCAGCCAUUAUCUCCAAGGUCACAAUGAACUUUCACUCUGAUUCAUUCAUUUAUUAUUUUCCUGCCAAGGGUUUGUCCCUGGCAGCAUGUACUCAUGUAGGAAGAGUAUUAUUAUUGUAUUCUUUACUAAAACCUACAAGUGCCAUCAUUUUUCUUUUAGUUCAGAUAAUUAGAGCUAAUUAUUAGGUACACUACAACUUGAUCCCUACUGAUUAAUAAGAUGGUUGGCUAGCUUUUAUUUUUUUAAAUAAAUGCAUGUUUCGGGAUUUCUCCCUCAAAUAAAAGCUCUCUUAGAAUA